UACGUGACAUGUGACCGCGCUGUAUGUUGUUUACCUGACGGGAGGAAGAAGAAGAAGAAGGAGUGUCGCCUCACGGGGAGAAGAAGAAGAAGAAGGAGAAGGAGAAGAAGAAGAAGAAGAAGAAGAAGAAGAAGAAGAAGAUGGAGGCGGCGGCGGCUCAGCGGCCGGAGCGCAGCCCCGUGGCCGUGGCCGUGAUCCCCCAGAACCAGAACUGUGCAGCGGUAGCGGACAUCCGCCGAGCCGAGUUCGCUCCCGGAGGCUCGCUGCUCGGCUGCCUGGUGGGGGCCCCGGGCCGGCUGGUGGUGGGGGCCCCGGGCCGGCUGGUGGUGGGGGCCCCGGGCCGGCUGGUGGUGUGGGACCCGGCGGACAGAGAGGCUCCUCCGGCGGCGGCGGACGGCUGCUGCACCGAUUUUUCCUGGGAGGAGGAGGAUGGAGAUGAGGAGGAGGAGGUGAGCGUCCACAGUCGAGGCGUCAGCGGCUGCAGACUCGUGGCUGUCGGACGUCAGUGUGACCUGAAGCUGCUGCAGGUGGAGGCAGAACGAUCGACCUCCAUCUCGCUGCUCCAUGUGGCAGAUUGUCCCGCAGGCCUCCUGCAGCGGAGUGUCCAGCAGCAGGACCACGGUGUGUGCGAGCUGCGGUCGCUGCGUGUGUUGUCAUUCGCCGCCGGCCGCUGCUGCGUGCUGCUGGACGACGAUUGGCUGCUGCGGCUGCGGUGGCGGCAGGCGGAGGCGGAGCCGCAGAUAUUGUCCUGCUGCAGCAUCCGGCCGACUGACGGCGACAGACACUCGGCCGUCCACCACUGCGUCUGUAGAGACACACUGUUCACACUCAGCUCCGACGGAAUCAUAUCUCUGUAUGACAUCACCGAUGGCCGCCUGCUGGCCACCGUCGACCUCCCCGCCUACCUGAGCGCUGGCCUGUUCGAGGACCACGUUGUCUCCACCUUCCCCUCCUCUUCCCCCUUCUGCCUCCUGCAGGUGUCGGCCGACCUCAGCACGGCCGUGGCCGUCACUGAGUCCCACGCCGCUGUCGCCGUCGACCUCGACCACUACUUCAGGUUGUAUCCGGACCACCUGCUGUGCGCCGCCCGCCCCGCCCUCCCGGCCCUCGGGCCGCAGCAGCAGCUCGGAGACCAGGAUGGCCUGUCGAGCUCCGGAUGCUGCCUCGCCGCCCUCGGGUCGACCUUCAGCACUGACCGAUCCUGGGGAGCUCGCCUGGCCUCCAUGUACAGCAGAGCGCAGCAGGCUCCGCCUCCCUCCUCCCAGCCUGCUAGGGCGUCCUGGUCCUCCUCCCUCCCCCACCUGGAGUCCCACCAGGCUCCGUCCUCGACCCACAGCAGAGUCCCCUGCGGUGGCGCGACCGUCGACUUCUCCUUCGUCCCAGAGUCGUCAGCUUCGUCUCUGCUCGCGGUCUCCGACUUCUCCGCCCAGCUGACCUUCGUCUCCCCUGGCAACAGGCAGACCACCGUGGUGUCAUGGGACUUUGAGUCCGGGAGCGUGAGCUACCACCAGGCGGAGGGCGAGGCAGCACCGCUCCAGCGCUGCGGAGAGGCACAGCACCGACUGCUGCUGAAGAGGGACGGCGUGUUCCAGGUCUUGUUCUCAGUUUCCCAGCAGGACUUGCUCAGCAGGUUGAUGCUGUUUGGCAGUGCCGCGACAGUAGACACCGUGUGUCACCUGAACAGCUGGGGACGCUGCUCCAUCCCCAUCCACGCCCUGCAGGCCGGACUGAAGAACCGUCAGCUGGACACGGUUGACUUCUACCUGAAGAGCAAAGAGAACGUUCUGAACCCGGCGACGACGAAGACAUUCAGUGCUGCGGAUCAGCCGACGGCCUCCACACCGAGCCUGACGGACGGUGUCCAGGAGUUGUGUCCAGCGUUGGACCUGUUAUGUUCAGCCGUCAGAGACUCGAACAGCGAAGCUCAGAGUCGACAGUUCUCAGAGCAGCUGCUCAACAUCACCGUGAACUUCGUCAACACACAGAUCCGCUCCGUGCUGUCCAACUCGCACUAUGAGGACGGCGGUGUACGGAGCUGCGUGGGCGUUCUGGACCGCUACGUCACCGAGCUGAGGAGCUACAUGAAGAGAUUCCCCUGGCCUGCAGGGGGCGACACCACCGAUUCCGCCGCUCAGACUCAGAGGGAGGAGCCAGGGGACGAGUGGGAGGAGCUCCCGACGGAGGAACUGGUCCGCCAGUCCAUAUUGACCAAUCAGAUGCCCAGGGCUCAGGCCGUCCUGAGGAGGCGGAGCCGCCCGGAGCAGCAGCUGUCGGCCCUGAGGACGGAGGGUCUGCGACAGGUCUUCUCCCGCCUGCAGCAGCGAGACCUCCAGACGGCAGACACACUCCUGGUGAACAUGGGUUUUAGUGUGAAGAAGCAGCUGCACAGUUUCUGUCUUUACACCGACGACAAGCAGCUGAGAGAGUUCGUGGUGGAGCAGCUGUCGAGACGGGGUUGUUUCCCUAAAGAAGAGAUGCAGAGUGUAGAGUUCAUCCGGGAGAUGGAGCGACUGGGAUCAAUGCCGGCAUCUCGCUGCUCGGCUCACACUGCACGGUCCAGGGCCGUUCAGAUGGUCCGUAGGGAGGCGGGAGCAGGCGAGGAGGUUCUGGGGGAGCUGGUGGGACCGAGGCGGUCCGACGAGGACGAGGACGGUGGACUCUGGCAGAACCUCAGAUUGGACUGGGUGAGGAAUUGGGACCAGAGCUGCCAGACCGACGUCCUCCUCUCCAGGCUCCAGCACACAGAGUUGAGUUCCUGUGACGCUGCCGUGCUGUGGCGCUACCUGACCGCCCUCCACAACCAGCACCGGGUCAUCACAUGGAUCCAGAACCGAGAGACCACCGGCGCCCCCCAGUGGCCGGAGUUGGCGGCGGAGCUGGUGAACGACGACACUCUGUGCAGCACCUUCAUGAGGGAGAACAUCCUGGACCUGCUGGCCAGAAAAGGCUUCUUCAUCCCAGAGGAGCUGGCGGAUUUGGACAAGCUGCUGUGGCGGCUGGCGCAGGGCGGAGGCGUAAUGGCGUCGUCUCCUCCCAUCCCCCUGUUCCGCUCUCCCCUCGGCCUCGACCUCCACGGCCUCUUCGUCACCUUCUGUCUGGAGCGCGGCCUGAAGUACCUGCUCUACAGCUACCUGGAGCACUACAGACUGACUCCCAGGAACUGCCCCGUCCUGACCAAUCAGAGCCUGUCUGAGAGUCAGCCCUGGUUUGAGAUGCUGGUGAAGAUCCAGGAGAUCACCAGAGAUCUGUCAGACCCAGCGCUGCUCUUCCAGGCCAGUUUGACCAGCGCCCAGGUUCUGCUGCCAGGCAGCCAGGCGUCUCUCAGCAGCCUCCUGCUGGAGGGACACAGUCUGCUGGCUCUGGCCGCCAUCAUGUUUGCCCCCGGAGGAAUCGACCAGGUGCUGGUUCAGGGCUCGGGCAGGUCAGGGAGGACCGUGGACCCUCAGCUCCUGAAGAUGGCGCUGGCCCCCCACUCCAAGCUGAAGGCCGCCCUGUUCCCCAACGGGCCCCGGGGACACAGCCCGUCCUCGGACGUCUCCGUCUACCACCUCCUGCAGUCGCUGCAUCCUCUGGACCCGUCCAGGCUGUUUGGAUGGCAGGCGGCAAACACCCUCAACUCCACCGAGACGUCAGAGCUGCCUCACUUCUCCAGCCCUCAGCUGGUCAACAAGUUCGCUCUGGUGGAGAACCUGGACUUCCUGUACUACGUCUGUCAUGGCCGACCGUCCUUCGCCUUCGCCACAUUCCUCGUCCAGCGGCUGAGCGGCUGCGGCGAUGUGAAGCUGCUUUGGCAGCAGGCCCAGCAGCAGGUGUACAGGUUGGCCCUGCAGCGUUUUGACGUGGCGUCCGUGGCGUCUGCCGCCGUUUGUUUCUGCGAGUUGCUGGGAGUCUGCAGCCUCCGACUGAGGGUCGACAUCCGAGCCAUGAACGCCAUCCUGCAGCACUGGAACCAACACAACACGCACUCUGCUCCCACACAGCGGCUACACAGUCUGGGAGUGAAGUUGGCAGAGGCGGAGCCUGGAGCAGCAGAGGAGCUGAUUGGCUACCUGGAAGCUGCAGUGGCGGACAGUCUGGAGCAGAAGGGCAUCAGCAGGUCGUCCUACGAGGCGUCUCAGGAGUGGGCGUUGCCCGUUCAGUUCUGUCAGCUCCACAGUUUGGAGCUCAGCGCCGUCUACCCAGCCCACUGCGCCGAUGACGGACAGUUUGUUCACUUCCUGUUGUUCGUCCAACUGCACAGCUUCCCGCCGCAGCAGGUGAGGUCGCUGGUGGCUCGGUUUGGCCCCGCCCUCCAGGCCCACCUGAACCUGGCUUUCCAGGACCUGCAGCUGCACGGUCAGAGGCGCAGCAGCAGCUCAGAGAAGCCUCCGCCGCCACCGCCGGUGUCUCUGGGCACAGAAGAGGUUGCUGGGAGUGCGGAGCUGUUCCAGGUGCUGCUGCGGAGUCAGGAGCAGGCGUCGCCCGGCGGUUUCCUGCUGUCAGAGGCUCUGGUGCAGCGCUGCCCCACACUGGCCGUGCUGGCUGCCUGUCAGCAGGGGGCGGAGCUGCUGCCCUGCCUGUGCGCGUGGGUGUUGACCUCCGUCGACCAGGUCACGGUGGUCGAAGCCACCUCCCACCUGCUCGAGGCCGCUCAGCACCACGAGUGGACCCUGCACGACCUGUCAAUCAUCUGGAGGACGCUGCUUGGGCGGGGCCACGUCAGGCCCCUCCUCCGAGGCUUCCAGCUCUUCCAGAGGGACUGCCCCCUGGUGUUGGUGCUCAGGAUGUUCGAGCUGUGCUGUGACUACAGGAACUUCUCAGAGGCCAAAGCAAAGCUGCUGGACUUCCAGAGGACGCUCGUCACCCUGAGAAGCGGCGGUGCGGUGCCCCCUGGUGGUGGACUCCCCCUGCAGUGGGUGGAGAGUCAGGCCUCCGUGCUGCUGCUCACGAUGUUGCAGCGCUGCUCCUCCCAGUACGACCUCCACCGCCUGCUGCAGCUGCUGGCCGACGUCGACAAGCUGCUCAAGUCCAACGGUCCAGACUUCAGGAAGCUGAGUCAGCUCAGUCAGCUGCUGCAGGGGUCAGAGGUCAGCCUGUCUCCCAGGCUGCUGCAGUGCAGUUCUCCGUCCGUCCAGCAGGAGGAGUUCCAGGCGGCAGUGGACGCGCUGCAGGCCGGGGGGCGCUACGCUCAGGCCCGACAGGCGGCGCUGCUCGCCGGCCUGCCCGUCCACCACCUGCUGCUCAGCCAGCUGCUUCAGGAGCUGAACUCCGUUAGGUCCAAGUCCCAGUGGAGGAGGCUGGAGACCCGGGUCAGUUUCUGGAAGAAGUGUCAGGAGCAACUGAAGUCCGACGCCACUGAUCCCGGAUCAGCCUCCCGUUUCUUCCUGACGCAGACUGAAGCUGAGCCCCAGACGGAGGAGCUGCCGGACGUGCAGGAGCGCUGCCUGCUGCUCGGCCUCGCCGCCCACUGGCUCGCCCUGCUCAGCCCCGCCCCCGUCGACCAGCUGCAGCGCCUGGAAAAGAGGCUGUGGGUCAGCCGCGUCCGCCGACACGUCCUCGCCGCCGCCAUGGAGAAGGAAAGCGUCUUCAACCUCCCGUCGCCGGCAGUCACUCCCGAGACGAACACGUACGAAGCACUCGCGAAGGAGUUCUCCUUCUCCAACAUCUCGGCCCUGAACGAGGAGCGGUGGCUCGGCGUGGAUGGACUCCCGGGUCCUGGCGAGCAGCCCGACGACCUUGACUUCGACUCUUGCUUGAGCCCGGAGGACAGGAGGGUUCUCGCUUCUCUGAUUGGCCAGUUACUAGACGACGGCAGUAUCCACGAGGCCAGUCGUGUCUGCCGCUACUUCCGCCUGUAUCACCCGGACGUGUGGGUUGUGCUGCGCUGCCGCGGCCUGGCGUCCGGAGAGCUCCUCCCCGACCCGCCAGAGGAGGCGCCGGAGGGCGAGCCGAGACGGAGCAUCACCGCCUCGCCGUCGCUCAGCAGCCUGUCGCUCGCCGCGUUCCCGCCACCCAAGGACGAGGUCGCCGUGCAGCUGCAGACACUGCUGGAUCAGUGUCGCCACGGAAACAACUACUGUAAACAAGUCCUCAGCCUCUACCAGCUGUCCAAGGAGCUGCACGUGUCCUUCAGUCACAUCUGGGGGGCGGAGCCUCGCGGCGUGCUGGAGAUGCUGCUGCAGUCGGACCGGCCCGAGCGCUUCCGGACGGCCCGGGCCUUCGUGCGAGCGCAGGGACUGUUGGCGGACGCCGUGGCCGAGCUCGUCUCCUCCGCCGUGACCCAGGCGCUGCUCGCAUCGGCCCAGGAGCUGCAGCCCGGUGAGGACGGGGUCAGAGCAGAGAAGCAGGUGUUCCGUCCCUCGGAGGGUCGUGACUCUCUCAUCCAGUUGAUCAAACUGUGUGACGACCCGAACCUGGUCGGAGUCAAACUGCUGGAGAAGCUUGACGUCGUUCCUCUGAGAGACCUGAGCUGCAUCGUGGAGCUGCUGGUCGCGGCUCACGACUGUUUCAGUCUGACCUGCAACAUGGAGGGAAUCGUCCGGGUGCUGCAGGCCGCUCGCCACCUCAGCCACGCCUACCUCGCCCCGGGGGAGCACUACAGCCUGAUGGUGCGUCUGCUGACGGGUAUCGGCAGGUACAACGAGAUGACGUACGUCUUCGACCUGCUGCAUCACAACCAUCGCUUUGAGAUGCUGCUGAGGAAGAAGGUGGACAUGGACCGAGGACAGGUGGACACACACACACACACACACACCAGCUGCAGUCUGAAGACGGCGCUGCUGGACUACAUCAAGCGCUGCCUCCCCGCCGACAGCGAGAAGCACAACAUGGUGGCGCUGUGCUUCAGCAUGAGGAGGGAGAUCGGAGAGAACCACGAGAUGGCCGCCAGGACGCAGCUGAAGAUCAUCGAGUCGCAGGCGUGGGUCGUGACCCCGGACCUGAAGAGCUCGCUGGUCAAAGUGUUGGGUCUGCUGAAGGACGCCGCCGAGAGUUUCUCCAAGGACUCGUGUGUGCGUCAGGCGACCCGCUGCGUGCGCACGGCCAAGCUGGUCGCUCUGCAGCUCCACUUCCUGAACCAGGGCUCGGACGUGCGUGUCAUCAACCUGCGACCCGAGGAGCUGCUGAGCGCCGUCGUCACGCUGCCGCGGUGCUACCAGGUGUUGGUGGUGUCGGAGGCGUACGGCUUCAGUCCCGACUGGGCCGAGGUUCUGUUCCAGAAGGUGGUUCUGGGAGGAGACUUUGUUUACCUGGAGGAGCUGAAACGCCACCGACCUCUGACCUCCGGCCUCUUCGAAGACAUCUUCAAGAAGCUGGACGCCGCUCCCGGCAGCGCCGCGCCGAACGUGAGGCGGCUGCUGACGCACUGCGACGACGUGUACGGCCGCUACCGGCUGGCCUAUCAGCACGACCUGUACGACGUCACCAAGACGCUGCUGCAGGACGCCAAGACGUCCAACUACCUGAACGACCGACUCGCCAGCUGAUCAAACCGUCAAUGUACAAAAGAACUUUACUGUUUGUUUUCUAACAAAUCUUCUGUGGAGAUUAAAUCAAACAUGAAUCGA